AGGGGUAAUCUUGCUCCUCUCCGGAGCACUUCAAUUCAAUACCAUUUGACUCAUCAAAGGGUGUAUUUGUCAAUUGAAUAAUGCUGCUCCCUCAACAAUAAUUAUCCAGUAAAUCCAUAAAAACCAUUAGCAAGUCUUCUGCUCCAUCAAAUUUGCAUAUAUCAUCAGCUUCUUGAUUUCCUGGUUAGGCAUGGGAAUGGCAGGGAAGCUCAUGCAUGCCAUUCAGUAUGAUUCUUAUGAUGGAGGACCUGCUGCUUUAAAGCAUGUUGAAGUUCCACUCCCAAGUCCUAAGAAAUAUGAGGUUUUGUUAAAGCUGGAAGCAACCAGUCUGAAUCCAAUUGAUUGGAAAAUCCAGAAAGGCAAGCUGCGGCCUUUUUUUCCUCGCAAAUUCCCUUAUGUACCUGGUACGGAUGUGGCAGGCGAGGUUGUAGAGGUUGGAGCAGAAGUAAAGAACUUCAAAAUUGGUGACAGAGUUGUUGCAGAACUUGGCCAUCUUUAUGGAGGUGGACUAGCUGAGUAUGCUGUAGCAAAGGAGAGCUUGACUGUGGUGAGGCCAGCUGAAGUUUCAGCUGCUGAAGGCGCAGGCUUACUUGUUUCAGGUAUCACAGCUUACCAGGCUCUCACACAGCAUGGUGGGAUCAAGCUUGAUGGAAGCGGGCAGCAGAAAAACAUUCUGAUCACUGCUGCCUCAGGUGGUGUAGGUCUUUAUGCAGUUCAGCUAGCAAAGCUUGGAAAUACACACGUAACAGCCACUUGUGGUGCUCGUAACAUCGAAUUGGUCAAGAGCUUAGGGGCCGAUGAGGUUCUUGAUUACAAAACACCUGAAGGAGCAGCUCUCAAGAGUCCAUCUGGUAAGAAAUAUGAUGUUGUGCUCCACUGUGCACUGGGCAUUUCUUGGUCUACUUUUGAACCUACUUUGAGUGAAAGUGGUAAGGUUAUUGACAUCACUCCUGGCGCUAGUGCCAUGAUGACUUUUGUUCUCAAGAAACUUACCUUCUCCAAGAAACAGCUGGUGCCCAUAUUAACCGUAAGCCCCAGCAUUGAGAGCCUGGAUUGUCUUAUUAAACUUGUGAAGGAAGGGAAGCUUAAGACGAUCAUCGACUCCAGACAUCCAUUAAGGAAGGCAGAAGAUGCCUGGGCAAAGAGUAUCGAUGGCCAUGCUACAGGGAAGAUUGUUGUGGAAACUUGAACAUAAGCACCCUAUGUUUAUUCUGAUUGUUCAUUGAAAUAAUUGAAACAAACAUUAAGAGUGAAAAAUAAUGAACAAAGAAGAAAAUAAUUUACACAUUUCAA